CGGCACGUGGCAUUGCUGAUGUUGGUGACGCACGUGACGGAAGGGAGGUGUGGGCAGAACAGCGACGGUUGAUGAGGUCGGGGCGGGAGGAAUCCAUAACUCGGGGGGUGCAGCGAUUGCGUGUUGGGGAAGACGGGCACGAUGGCGAGGACGCAGUGGGGGACGCGCACGACCCCGACUGGAACGACAACGGCGCUGAAGGUGGGGAGGACGACGCAAGCUACAUUUCGCCGUCGACGCAGGCGGCCACUAUGUGAGGGAGGGGCGGGAAGACGAAGUCGUGUGGCGGCAAUGGUCGUCGGGGCAAAAGGACGGCAGGCAAGGGCAGCGAUGCCGAAGGUGACGUCGAUGGUGAGGUCGUUUCUUCUGGUCCGUCGACGACAUUAUAGCCUCAUCCGGGCUAAACGUGAUCAGGAUGCGCAUUUGCAGGGGAUGGGCCACGUGUACGCUCGGAUGAAGCCACGAGAAUGGAAGUGGCUCGAUGUGGCGACGAGGUUGAAGAAGGUGGGCGUCGAAAGAGAGGCCGAUUGGUGCGGGAAGAAGUGGGACAAUCUGAUGCAGCAGUUCAAGAAGGUUCAUCAUUUCCAAGGACUGUCCGGGAAACAGGACUUCUUCCAAUUGUCUGGGAAGGACAUGAUGUCGAAGGGCUUCAGUUUCAAUAUGGAUCGUGCGGUUUACGACGAGAUACUGGGGUCGACCGCCAAAAAACACACCAUAAACCCGAAGAACGUCGCUGACACUGGCGCUCAGGGUGGUGUGCGUCUGCCAUCCGCCUCCUCUGCGGAUCCUGAAUCUGUGGGCGACGGGGACGGUGGUGCAGAGCACGACGACGACGACGACGGGUCCACGAAAGGUUCUUCACAGACGACGGGUGGCGCAGGCGGUUUCGGCAAGAGGAAGAGCACGUGGCAGCAAACUUUUGAGGCAAUGACGGAGUGCAUGGAGAAGCACGGGGCGUUAAUGGCAUCAACGAUGGAGAGCAACAACAAACGUCAUUGUUCCAUCGCCGUAUGGCAGUGCAGGACUAGAAGCGGAGAUCGAAUCGUCUUCGGCGACAUCCUCGUCGGCGAGCACAUCUUUUCGCCUUUCGUCUUCACCGCCAUCGUCGCGUUUCCGAAGAUCGUCCCCUUGUCGUCCAGAUUGUCAUCGUCACCGCGGUCGUCAUCGAAUACGACGCCAACACCGCCAUCGCUGUUGACAGUUGGCUUCGAUAGCGCUGUGCACGUCAUCGAAGCGAGUCGGGCGAACAACCUCGCCGUGGAUGUGUCUUGCGCCAUGUCCUCACGCGGUUCUGCACGCGGCAAGGCCGCCGCCAACCUCGCACAACAGCCACCGACCCGGGAGAAGAAGGGCUGCCACAUGGCCAACAAGAAGAGGAAGAUCCUCCAAGGCGCCCCGACACAUGGAGGUUACGUGGUGGAUGAAGAGUGGGUGCCGGAGGACGUGGCGACGCAGGAGGGGAGGAAUUUCGAAGACUCUGACGACAUGCCGUUGCAGCGGAAGUCGUACAGGCGGGGGAGUGGCGGCCUCCGCAUAGACGACGCUGGCGACAGACGACGCGCAGGAGGGCGGGCAGCACCGGAAGACGUCCUCGACGUUGACGCCGCGACGGCAGCUAGAGAGGGCGGGGGAAAUCGCGCGCCGCUGCCACGUAUGACUCCACCCACCGGCACGCAAGAGGGCGUGGUUCGCUUACGGACACCGUUCACACCACGCUCGAGGACGGCUGCAGACGUGGCCACAGGCACGAGGACGACGGCUUGGCGGCUUAUCAGGAGGCGACUAGUGGGGGCUUUCACAAGCGCCGUGAUCAUUGCGAAGACGACGGACGGUGGCCGUGUAUUGCACGAAAGGUUGAAGACCAUGGCCGACGCGAUGCGGAUGAUGCUCGCGGCAACCAUGUGGCUCAUGCGGAUGGCGGGUGACGAUCAUCGCGCGCAUUACGACGCCUGGGUCUUCGUCCAACUCACGGCGAAGCCGACGCUCGUCGCAUCCAUGCAUCGCUGCUUCAACGCGCGUCGGCACAUCGUCCAAGCUGCGACCGUCAUCACCGACAAGUUGGCGAGUCCCCCCAUCACUUUGAUCGACCCUCCAAUGUAUGUUCCCGACUGGGCAUCCAUCGGUGUCAAGUUCUCACACGACGCCACGCUGUCUUCCCCGAUGGAGGCGAAGAAGGUGGAUUGGCUGGGCACAGGCCCCCCGGAAGACGAAGACGACGGGAAAGGCGACGAACAGGGAAGCGGGGGGGGUCGAUGACGCCUUUUAGUCGUUUAUGUAGUUUUUCCUCGCGUGAUGCUGCUCUGCCGUAGCUUGUUUUUCGACG